AUGGCUGUGAGCUUGAAAACAAUCCCAGAAAUACAGAAGGUAUACAAGCGGAGAGUGCGCCGGCAGGUCCCUGUGAUACCUGACGAGAUUGUCUUUGAGAUUCUUGUCCGGCUGCCUGUUAAAGCUAUCAUAAGGUUCAAGUCCGUCAACAAGACUUGGCAUGCUAUCAUCUCUCAUCCAUGCUUCAUCGGUUCACAUCUCCAACAAUCUGCCAAGAACCAAGAACGUAAGCCUUCCUUCCUCAUCACCCCACAUAUCCUGGACAAGGUGAUCGAUAGCGAGGCCUGGCCGACCACCUUUUCCAACUACAUCCCCUUCUACUCAUGGCAAGAGGGCCAGGACAAUGCGUGCCUUGUUCACUCAACAACCUUCCGUGGCGAGUUUGGGUCAGUUCACAACAUGGUGCACUGCGACGGGCUUGUAGUGCUCCCGACCAACACCAAGGUGUUUGUCUUCAACCCAGCAAUACAUGAUGUCCUUAAGCUGCGUAAUGGCCAAAAGGAUGAGUGGCAAUUCCCGACUGUCAGUUUGGGCUUUGACCCACGCACGAGCAAGUACAAGGUUGCUCGCUUCUUUUACCGUUCAAUAAAUUUUUCUACAAGGACUUAUAGUGUGGGAAUGGAAAUCUUUACUAUCGGUGGUGAUGAUAACUCCUGGCGGAGUGUUGCGGAGGAUCCACCGUUGCCAAUUGAGCCGGGGACUGUCACACACUUUAAGGGCUCUUUGUAUUUGCUUGUAUGGGAUGAACUCGUUGAAAGGUGCCCACAAGGUGUUCUUCGCUUCAGUUUAGAAGAUGAAACAUUUAGUUUCAUAUGCCAUCCUCAACUUCAGUCAUGCAAAGGGGAGCAGCUCAACUUUAUUGAGCUAGGUGGAGAACUAUGCCUAGCUCAAUGCCUUGAUGGGAAACAAGUAAUAUGGAUGCUGCACUCUGUUGACGGUCAUGAAUGGAUUCAACACCGUGUUAUUAUCUUACCUAAGCCAGAGCUGUACAAAACUUUAUCGGUCCUUCCUAAAGAUGUUUUGCUUAUUCGCAGUGGUAAUUGUCUUUACCACUAUGCUGAUGCCCGUCGAGAUGCAAGGGAAGUGGGUCGUCUGGAUCAGCUGAGGUAUAAGAAUCCUAGAGUUGGGUCCUUUGAUUAUGUUGGUCAGGAUAUCUUCAUCUUCGACAUGUUUUCAUACACGGAGAGUCUUCAUCCAGUGACAAAGCAAGGCAAACAGAGAAUCUAUAAGGAUGGAGAUGAAGCAUUAGAUGGAUGA